AUGGAGUGCUUCCACACAAGAUUCAGUGCCUGGACACCUUUUGGCAACAAGUUAUUGAACAGACAGCUCUUUCAGGAAAGAGUUGCUCUUAUAAGUCAUUGGUUUGACCUCUGGACUCACAAGCAACGUCAAGAAUUCUUGUUCACGAUUUUUUUACGAUGCACCAAAUCACAGUUAAGGUUUGUCCAAGACUGGUUUUCAGAAAGGACGCAAGUGACCAAAGUGGAUUUCUCUACAGUGUUACCGCGCUUCAUUUCUCUCUAUAUCUUUUCCUUUCUGAAUCCGAAAGAUCUGUGUGCAGCUGCACAAGUCAGCUGGCCCUGGAAGUUUUUAACUGAACAGGACUGCUUAUGGAUGCCCAAAUGCAUUAGGUUUGGGUGGUUUCUGCCCUAUACGCCAACGGAUAACGAGUACGGUGCUUGGAAGCAUCAUUAUAUUGCGUGUGUGUCGAGCUUAGAUUGGCUAACACCUAGGGAAGCCUCUGCUGUCUAUGGGACCCUGAACGAGCCCAAAACAGAAGAUGAGGAGCUGCUGGAGAGACAAAGAGAAAAGUGCUUAAGAAAAAUAAUUUGGGAGAAAAUUGCACUACAUAAGAAGGAGUUAUUCAAAGUUCGACCCCCUUGGGUGAGCGGAACACACUGCUCUAGAUUGUUAAAAUCCAAAUGCCAGCCACGGCUCUCCCAGGCUCUGAGGGAUCGAGUGGGAUUACAUGAAGCUUUGGAGAAACAGCUAAUUUUGGCAUCCUUACAAGCUUUGCCCAAGCGAAGCAAUGUUUCUGGAAGCCAUUCCUACCCUUCAUUAUUGAAGAAGACUUGGCGUGGAGUUCAGAAAAAUGAUGACAGCUCUUCAUAUGCGUCACAGCCCUACUUCUUACUAAUAUCAUCUCGGAUUCCUGCAUUUGAGAUGGUGGUGGAGAGCAUUAAGGCAGGUAUCAUUUUUGUGGUGUACGAAUAUAGCGGCUUAACCUUGGAGAGCCUGCUUUAUCUCAUAGAAAAAGCUCUGGAUGGGCAGAAGGUACAGAGUAUGGGGAUAUUUAGUGAUGGAGACAGCAGAGAAAUCAAUUUACUCCAAGGUUAUAAAAUUGGUAUUGGAAACUUAUUGAGACCUGAAGUGAGAGACUUCUGGGAGAAACUAGGAAGCUAUGUGGCCCCUGAAGAAGAAGGGGGUCAUGUGGACCUCUUUGUACCUCUUGGAGCAUCAGAGGCAGGACUGGAAGUUCUUUCCCAGCUGUCUCAACUAACUGGCACGUUCUUUACUGCCCCUACUGGAAUUGCAACCGGCUCUUACCAGCACAUUCUAGGUGAUUGGCUGGGACGACCGUGGGAAAGGGCUCCCUGUUCCAUCUACUUCAGGGAAUCAAAGCUGCAGACGUGGUCCAGUCUCACAGAUUUUCUGGAAGACACCUUGAAAUCAGUAAGGAAACAGUUAAGUCCUCUUUUCAAGGAGUUACAGAAGAACAUCAGUGCCAGGAUAAUAGGGCAAUUUACUUCUGACAACAUGCAUGUGGCUAACAUUCUGAAUAACCAAGAAAUUGCACAAACUCUGGCAGAUGGAUUGAUGGAACUUUCAAAAGAAAAUUCUGAAAGAAAUGUUCUAGAAGACAAACCACAGGACACAAAAUCAAGUCUCAGCAAAAAUGAUCCAAAUUUGGAGAUGCUGAUUAAACUGGAGAGAAAGCUCCAGAUGGACUCAGCUGAGAAGCGAUCGAGAGUUGCUGGGGAACUUUUACAGAGCGAGAGAAAAUACGUGCAGAUGCUGGAAAUUGUGAGAGAUGUCUAUGUAUCGCCCCUGAAAGCAGCCUUGUCAUCAAACAGAGCGAUUCUCAGUGCUGCAAACAUCCACAUCAUUUUCUCAGAUAUUUUGCAGAUUUUAAGUCUCAAUAGGCAGUUUCUAGACAAUCUGAGAGACAGACUGCAGGAAUGGGGCCCAGCCCACUGCGUGGGAGAAAUAUUCCUCAAGUUUGGAAGCCAGCUGAACACAUAUACCAAUUUCUUCAACAAUUACCCGGUUGUUCUGAGAACUAUAGAGAAGUCCAGAGAAAUGACACCAGCAUUCCGAGCUUUCCUGAAGAGACAUGAUAAGACCACUGUUACCAAAAUGCUGAGCCUCCCGGAGCUGCUUUUGUACCCAUCGCGAAGAUUUGAAGAAUAUAUGAAUCUUCUCUAUGCUCUGAGGCUUCACACUCCCGCAGGACACGCUGACCGUGGGAGCCUGACCACUGCAAUUGACCAACUCAAAAAAUACAAAAGUUACAUAGAUGAGGUGAAGCAAAACAUCGGUAUGAAAGAUCAGCUGUCAGAAAUACAGAGAAUCGUCUGGGGAUGCCCGACUCUGUCAGAAGAAAGCAGAUAUCUGAUUAGGGUCCAAGAUGUAGCCCAACUUCACUGCUGUGAUGAGGCAGUAAGUUUCUCUUUAAGGUCCUAUGAACACACCCGUGACCUCAGUCUUUUCCUCUUCAAUGAUGCACUGCUUGUUUCUAGUCGGGGCACAGCUCAUACUCCGUUUGAGCGGACUUCAAAAUCAACCUACCAGUUCAUUGCAUCAGUGGCCCUUCAUAGGUUACUUGUAGAGGACAUUCCAGAUUCUAAAUAUAUCAAGAAUGCAUUUAUUCUUCAUGGUCCAAAACGUGAAUGGAUUUGUGCUACAGAGGUUGAGGAUGAUAAAUUCCUAUGGUUGUCAGUACUUCAAAGCGCAAUCAAAAGUAGUAUGGAGAAGUAAGAAAAUAUUAUGGGUGCAAAUUCUCCCUGGCAAAGACCGAGAGAUCCCUGUUCCAGAAGAUGCAGCAGGAAGCAGAAUGAUUUCUCACGGAUGGGGAGAGUGAAGUAGGAUGAUCCAUAAAGUCCCUCCUAACUUUUAACU